UUAUUUUCAUUCCCAGGUUGGCCAACGACCGCAGUAAGAUAUGCUCGUGGUUGUUGUCACAAUCAUCGUUCUAGUGUUAAUAAGAAUAGUUGGACAAUUCUCAACGUCCGGAUAAAAUAUUUCAAAAUUUCGUGAUGAGUAUUACCUGUUUCUCCGCCAUUCUUCUCAUCCUACAUCGAAAUGUUGUUACUAGUGAGGUGUUUACCUCCCUGGCAGACAUGGAGAGCCUAGUAUCUACAGAAUUAGAGCUCACCAAGCAUCUUGAAAAUUACAUUCAAGAAGAAGAAAUUAGACUUAAACAACUGAGAGGAUUUCUAGAAAAAUAUGAAACCAUGUAUCAAGAAGCAAGUAAAGACGUGUCCAAAUAUUUGGCUAAUCCAGUAAAUGCUUACUUACUAGUCAAACGCCUCACCUCUGAUUGGAGGCAGGUAGAGGGAGUUAUGGUGCAGAAUAUUGGCUCUGCCAUCGUUCAAAAUAUCACGCAACAUCGUAAUGUGUUACGCUUCCCUUCUGACGAAGAUUUGAACGGAGCAGCCGUGGGAUUAAUGAGGUUGCAAGAUACAUAUAUGUUAGAUACUCAUUCUUUAGCUGAAGGGAAGCUCUUAGGGAAGAAGUAUUCCCGUCAGCUUACUGCUGGAGACUGCUGGGAACUCGGCCGUCAGUCCUACAUGAAUGGAGAUCAUUACCAUACCGUUCUAUGGAUGGGCGAAGCUUUAAACAAGUUCAUAGUUGAUUCCAACGAAGCAGUAAAACGAGAAGAAAUUAUUGAGCACUUGGCAUUUUCUACCUAUAAACAAGGUAAUGUAAAGGAAGCCUUACAACUAACUCACGAACUGCUAAGAAUUGUUCCGUACCACGAACGUGCGCUUACCAAUGUCAAGUAUUACGAAGACAUACUCCAUCAACUAGGAGUGAUUCAACUCCGCAAGGAAAACCAAGACAUGGUUAACAAAAUGGGAGUUUUUGAUACUACUACAUUAAAACUAAAGAAACCCCCAGGAACCGCAGGAAUACCCACCGAUCAUUGGGAGAACUACGAAAAGCUUUGCAGAGGUGAGAAACUAAUGGAUCCCAAAAUUGUGGCCCGUCUCCGAUGUCGUUACGUGACCAAUAACGUGCCGUAUUUCUUCAUUCAACCCGUUAAGAUGGAAGAGGCUUCGUUGAAACCAUGGUUAGUUCUUUUUCACGAUGUUAUCAACAACGAGGAAAUUGAAACUGUUAAAAAACUGGCGCAACCUAGGUUGCAAAGAAGCACCGUGCAAAAUAGUUUGACAGGUGAAAGUGAACCAACUAAAUACCGGAUCGCCAAAGCUGCCUUUUUGCAAAAUAAUGAACAUGAUCAGGUAUACAAGAUGAAUCGACGUGUUGGUGAUAUUACUGGACUUGACAUGGUUACGGCUGAAGAUCUCCAAGUUUGCAAUUACGGCAUUGGAGGGCAUUAUGAGCCACACUACGAUUUCGCAAGAAAAGGGGAAAUUCAAAAAGAUUUCGGCUGGGGUAAUCGAAUCGCUACUUGGUUGUUUUACAUGAGUGACGUUGAGGCAGGUGGGGCAACAGUCUUUCCAAAAAUCAAUUUAGCUGUUUGGCCUCGGAAAGGAAGUGCAGCGUUCUGGUAUAAUCUUCACCUGAAUGGUGAUGGUGACGACUUGACCCAGCAUGCUGCCUGUCCUGUUCUAAUCGGAUCUAAAUGGGUAUCAAACAAAUGGAUUCAUGAACGCAAUCAAGAAUUCCGCCGACCUUGUGGUUUGCAGUUCGACAGCGGAAUGUGAUGCAGCUAUGAUUGUUGGACGAUCGGAAAUUUCUUUAUCUUAUUUGUGUCCUCUCAGAAAAUAAUAGGUGCCUUUGAAUGGACUAUGGCGGACGUCCAACUUCGUUGUCCUUUGUUUUAUCAAAAGACUAGUAAUUUUGGGUUUUUCGUUUGUUGACGUCAUCGUGGUAAACUGUACUAAAGUACUGCUACUCUACCUAUCAUGAUAUUGUUUGUUAUAUACAGUCGCAACUGUAUAAGUUUCUUUACGUGUAGCUCAAAAAUUUGCUCUUUUACUGUGUAUUGGCGGAUGUUAUGAGCCUAUGGCAGAGGUUGAGAUACCUUAUUUGUUCUUUUUUUUGUUUCUUACACCCUACCCCUCAACCCAUAUUUACUUAACUCUUCUUUUAUCGUCAAUUACUAUUUCACCACGAUGUGUCAUACAAUUACGCAGCCCUAUUGUCUCACACUCUGAUGAAAUGAAUAGAGAAGACGUUUUAUGAUUCAGUCAAACGAUGGGACUGAAUGUUAAUUUCCAUGCCCAAGUAAGUCAGAGUGUAGCUUAAUACCGAUUCUUUAUUGUUAACACGUUAAAUAGGGUUGCUUACCGUAUGCCACAUCGUGAUAAAAUAGUAAUUGUGCUGCAAAAUGACAUUUCGCUAGACCGUAAGGGUGUAGACACAUAUAUUUUAGCUCUUUAAAGAAAAAAACAAAGAAACCCGUA